AUGUCGACAACUACGCGCAUUACAAUUGAUGAUGAGGGCGAUACCCUGAUCAUCUUGAAACUCAGAAGCGAUGACUCAAACCCUGACGUGACAGAUAUUAUUGCGACAGCCGACGAGUCUACCAUCGAGACUACCACCGAGACCACUGCAACGUCCAAUGUGACUACUGACGAUGCCGUUCAGAGUGAGGAUAGGCCACACACUGAGGAACACUUUCUGUGUUCCAAGAAACACCUUUCAUUUGCAUCCCGAAGAGCCAGCAAGAUGUUCUUGAGUAACUUCAAGGAAGCUUCAAAAGAGGAAGAUGGACUUCAUCACUGGACUUUCGAGGCUCUUUUUCAACCCACAGCAUUCGAAAUAGUCCUGAACUUCAUCCACGGAAAGACUCGUGACGUCCUAUAA